CAACGCGCAGACAGAAAGACACCUGUGCCGUCCGUCCGUCCGCUCUUCUCCCGUUUGGAUUAGCAUGGCCACGGAUCGUCUGAUUGAUUGAUCAUGUCUAGCAAGCUGCAAAUGAAACGACGACGAACCGCUCAACUCAACUAAAAAUACCACAAACUCGUUGCCAGAAGCUGCGAGGCCGGUGAGCUGCUGCUAAUGUCGUGUUUUUUGAACAGAUUAGAAGAGGUCAGAUUCCUGGGAUGCGGACGUCGUUCAUCAAUGACAAAAAGGACACCGGGGCAAUUCCGGGUCGACAGAAUUUGCCAAAAAUGGACUUUAACGCCGUGAAGGAUCGAUGAGCUUCUCCCGCCAAAUGCCUGCUUCAUCUCAGCAUGUUGUGGUACAAGCAUGGCAGAACUACUCAGUCGGACCAGCACCUUUUCAACCUGUGGAGCUUCUCUAAAGUCCAAACGGUGGUCUUCCUGCUUGGUCUGACUCUGACCUUCCUCAUCAUGGCUUCCUACGUCCUGACGUGGGACAAGAAAGGGCUUCUUCUCACGCCCUCGCCCUAUCGUUUAAAAGUCGCCGACGUGCCGAGCAACACCACAGCCGCGGUGGCGGUUUCUUCGGCCGUGGGCCUCUCCUUGAAAAGGACUUCCAUAGACAUGAAGCGGUUGACCAGGUUGAUCCGGUCCAAACUGGAAUACCCACCUCGGAGGGUUCCGAAUGAGAAGGACGUCAUCGGGACGGACUCUCAUUUGUUCUCCACAAUUCCCCGUCACUUCCUGCCAGGCAUCAAAAGCCCGUGUUGGUACGAGGACGUUCCCGCGGAAAAGAGUCGAGAUCCGUACGACGGAAACCUGUUCGCCGUGCGCUCCAAGAACUUCAAGAUGGUGUGCGACCGCCUGGCGUCGGCUUUCCGGCGGAGCAACAAUGGCGGCGGGCUGUCGCGCCUGCGCUGUCUGCCGUACUUCUACAUCAUCGGGCAGCCCAAGUGCGGCACCACCGACUUGUUCCACAGGCUGCUGCUGCAUCCUGACGUCAAGUUCAACAUCAUGAAGGAGCCGCACUGGUGGACGAGGAAACGAUUUGGUUACAUCCGCUUCAAAGAUGGCUUCCAGGAAAGUUUCCCAGUGGAAGAUUACCUGGACCUGUUCGAUUUGGCUGCGUACAACAUCCAAGGAUCAAGCGCCGGGAAUUCCCCCAGAGACCGACACCGCCUCGCGCAGCUCAUAACAGGUGAAGCCAGCGCAUCCACUAUGUGGGACAACCAAGCGUGGAGCUAUCUCCAUGGCGACAGGGAGGAGGCGGAGCCACCCUUCCUGGCUCAGGACUUUAUCCACACGGUGCAGCCCCAUGCCAAAAUCAUCAUCAUGCUACGAAACCCCACCGAGAGGUUAUACUCAGACUACUUGUACUUCAAGACGGCCAACAAGUCAGCGGAGGACUUCCAUCAGAAGGUGGUUGAGUCUGUGCAGCUCUUCCAGUCCUGCCUGUCGGAGAGUUCGCUUCGAUCCUGCGUCUACAGCACCGGCCUCUCCAACUCCAUGCCGGUAAGACUGAAUCUGGGCAUAUAUAUUGUCUUCCUGCUGGACUGGCUGACGGUGUUCCACAGAGAGCAGAUUCUGGUUCUGCGGCUGGAGGACUACGCGGCAAACCUUCUAGGGACCUUAGAGAAAGUGUUCAACUUUCUGAAUGUAGGUCCUUUGUCCCAGCAAGCGGAGACGGCACUGACCAAGCGGCCGCUGUCCAAUACCCGACGUGCGGCCGACAGGAGCCUGGGCCCCAUGCUGCCGUCCACUCAGAACCUCCUGUGGGAAUUCCACCAAGCGUUCAACACAAAGCUGGCCAGUGUGCUGGACAACCAGGACUUCCUGUGGAGUAACACAUGACCUCCUACUUUUGAAAAAGACACUUGGGUGAUGUGUGUUUGAUUUAAAUGUCUUAUUUAUUUCUUUUGUCCUUAAAAAAACAACAUUUUAUAAACAUGACUGUGGAAAAACAA